AUGGCUCCAAAAGUUCAUACACAGUACGGCAUCUACUUUCCCGAAGGUCCUGGAUAUCUUUAUUCUGGAUACUUAGGAGAAGGAGUCGAUGGUCAGGCUGUGAAGGUUUGUUCCCUGGCGGACGGGAAACUCUAUGUACGAAAGAAAACCAUAGCAAAGUCGACAGACAGGGAAACCGGCAUUCGGAACCCAGAGCUCGUGCAUUAUGAGACGUACCCUGGUGCUGUGCCAAGUCAGUUGUGGAAGAGGACCGACGACCCAACGUUCAGCGACUCUAUGAUCUUCAGCUUCUGCAAUGGGCCAACCCUCGCCAGCGCGAUGAAACGACCCGGAUUCAAGCCGUGCACUCUCUUCAAAUGGAAAGUUUUUGACCAGCUUCUAGACGUCGCUGACCAUCUCCAUCGCAGCCCUUCAGCGGUAGCUCACAGAGACGCACAUCAAAACAACAUGUUCCUGCAUUUCCCCGACAAUCGUGCCGGCCUUCCAGAUCUCUUUCUUGGAGACUUCAGUCGCGCUAAGCCAAUUGACCGCGUUAUUUGGAUCGCCACCGAGGGCCCUGAUGCGUACAAGAUCAAAGCAGAGAACGUCAAGAUCAUCCCCACUAAGAUCUGGGCAUGUUCGGAUCUUAUGGAGCUUCGCCCUGAGAAUACGCCUUACGUCCGAAGUGUGCAACUGAUCACGAAAGACCUUGAAGACGUGGCCAAGUGCAUGGCUUUUCUGAUUACCGGUAUGCGCGCCUACGACGAUGCGGAGGCUGAUGAGCUCGAACGCAAAUGCGAAGAUCCAGACGAAGUAAUGUCAGAGGACCCAGCCGCUCUUCGUGCUCUGGUCUCCCUGGACUGUAUGGUGCGACACAUGCAAGCAUUCCAAUGCGAGUUUUACGACGAGUUUCCAGCACUUAGAGAGUGGGUUUCUGGAUUGGCCGCACAGGAGGCAGAGCGCGUCCGCCUCGACGGCUCCGAACAGGAUAUGAGUUGGCUAGCCACCGACUCUGGUGCCUUUGCUAAAUACUGGGACCCAUACAACCGCCCGCGCUUGUACAAGUCGGAGAACUUCGCCACAGGUCAAAAUGGUGAGACCGCUGGUCCAUUUCGCAUUGCCAAGGUCAAUCCAACCACGUUUGAAGUCGUAGAGGUGGGCGACGAGGACCACUGUGGCGAUCUACCCGGGGAUCAUAAUUGA